AUGAGUGGAAAUCAACCAAGAAGUGGUAAUAAACCAUCUUUCUUCAAAACUUUACCUGAGAAUAUCGCUACUUCGCCAACCGGUAUUGUUAAGAUUUCACACAGUCCUUUCCCUUCUUUAAAUCCAAACAAACAGUUCAAAUCAGUUUAUGAAAGAGCAGGGUUUGAUGUUUACAAGCCAAACAAGUCAAGAAGCAAUUCUCGUGUCACUUCACCAACUAUUGAACAUGGAUUCAGAUCACAAUCAGCUGCUCAACUAAAUCAACCUCCUUCUGGUUUUCCAAGAGUUUUUGAUGAAAAGAGAAAUAUGAGUGAACAAAAUUACGUCGGUCAACCACAACAAAGAAGUACCAAUAACGGAUACAAAUACGGUGAUCAAGUCCCAGGUUUCAACAAGGCAGCUCUUAAUAUCGAUGCUAAUUUGGCCAACUCUUCAGAAAGAGGUGAAAUAUCAGCUCAAAUGUCUACACCUUCUGUCGCUACUAGCACUUUUGAUAGACAUGGCGGUGGACAACCUUUCAGCUCAACAUCAACAACAUUUACAGAUACUGAUAAUAGAUCACCUUCAAGUCGUACAUAUUCAAAUGAUAAUGAUGUCUCAAAUAAUCAAUUUGUUAGUGCACAAUCAUUACCAUACACAUCUCCUGAUAGAAAUUCAAAAAAUUCUAUUCCAACUUAUCGUUCAAAUGGUGUUGCUUCAACCCCAUCAGCUAGUGGGUCACCAGAUGAAUAUUCAUUUGCUCCAACUCAUGUCAACAAUGAAGGAUAUUCCAGAUCUAUCCAACCACAAAAUCCAUAUAAUCAAACAUUUUACAAUAAUCAAAACCAAUUUGAACCACGUUCAGCUGGGACAGAUUAUAAUGAUGAAGCGGAUACUUCUAUUAACACUGUCAAAUAUACACCAAAAGCAGAUGUUGGUAAUCGUGAUUCGAGACCAAUGUUACAAGCUCAUGAAGAUUUAUUAGCAAGUACAACAAUGGAUAAAUCUUUGGAAGGUUUCAAUCCAAUUUCAAAUUCCACAGGUAUCGAUAGUUCAAUUAACAAUGGAACUCCGUCAGAUGGAGGUGAUAUUUCAGAUGAUGAAUCGUUCAAGAGUGAAAUUUUAUCACCAAAAUUCAAUUUUGAAACUAGUAAAGAAAAUGCAGAAGAUGUCACAAGUAAUCAUGAUGAAACAACAAGAAAUUUAGAACUAAAUCUUCCACCAUCACCUCAAAAGCAACAAGAACCAUAUUUUCAACCUCAACCACAAUCACCUGCACCACCUUCACAAUCAACAAUUCCACAAUUCAUUGUCAGUGAUUCAGAUGGUAACAUUCAAUAUCAAGAUGAUGUUAAAUCUCCUUCACCAACAUAUAAUCAAAAUAGUAGACAAAGUGCUGUUUCAAUGGCUGCUAGUUCAAUCUAUAGUAAUGAAGAUAAGAAUGAACAAUUACAAUCAACACAUAUACCCGAUACUAUUGAAGAAAAUGAAGAAGAAUUUGAAGAUGCCCAACAAUAUAAUCAAGCUCCACAAUAUGAUUCACAACCAGUCCAACAAUAUGAAGAUGAUUAUAACAAUGAUUACAAUUCACAACCAGGUCAACAAUAUGAAGAUGACUAUAACAAUAAUUACACUCCACAACGUGAUUUACAUAACAAUUUUGAUCAUGAAUACGAUGAUGAUUUAAAUAAUGCACAUGAAUCAUCAGGUCCAGUUUAUGAAGAAAUUGAACAACAAUUAGAAACUUUAUCAAUGAGAUCAAAAUCACCACUACCACCUCAAGCUCAAGUUCAAUCACAACCACCUCAAAUUAUGGUUCAUUCUGUUAAAGAAGUAUCAACUGAUGAUAUUAAUAAUCAUAGAGAUGCACCAGAACCACCAUUACAUCAUAGAAGAUUAAAUUCAGAAGUUAAGUCAUUUGAUGAAAAUCAACAAACUGUUCAUUCUAAUGGGUAUCAAGGUGAUCAACAACCAGAACCAGAACACCACCAAUAUCAUGAGCAUGAUCAUGAUUAUCAACCACAAGAACAAGAAAUCACACAACCAGAACACAAGGAACCAGAAAUACCGAAAUGGCCACCUGGUGAAGGUCCGUGUAGAAAAUGUGGACUUGAAAUUGAAACUAAACCAAUUUAUUCUAAAAGUGGUGAAUUAUCAGGUCAAUGGCAUAGAGAAUGUUUCACAUGUACUGUUUGUGAUUUAAAAUUCAAUAAAAAAACUACUUGUUUUGUGCUUAAUGAUAUGCCAUAUUGUGAAUAUCAUUAUCAUUUAACAAAUAACUCACUUUGUAAAGUUUGUGGUGAAGGUAUUGUUGGUAAAUGUCUUGAAAAUGAUGCUGCUGAUAGAUAUCAUGUUGAUUGUUUGAAAUGUACAAAAUGUUCAAAACAAAUUACAAGUGAUUAUCUAUCAAUUAAUGAUAAAGUUCAUUGUGAAUCUUGUGCCUUGGAAUUCACUUCAAGUUCACAAUUAGGUAUUGAUAAUGAACUUGUUGAAAGAAGAAGAACAAGAUUGUUCUAUAUUGAUUAG